CCGGCGCCGGCCGAGCUCCGGGAGCCGAGGAGAGCACCAGCCGCCGCCGCGGGAGCUGCUCCGGCCGCACCAUGCGGGAGCUGGCCAUCGAGAUCGGGGUGCGAGCCCUGCUCUUCGGGGUCUUCGUUUUUACAGAGUUUUUGGAUCCAUUCCAGAGAGUCAUCCAGCCGGAAGAGAUCUGGCUCUAUAAAAAUCCUUUGGUGCAAUCAGACAACAUACCUACCCGCCUCAUGUUUGCAAUUUCUUUCCUCACACCUCUGGCUGUUAUUUGUGUGGUGAAAAUUAUCCGGCGAACAGACAAGACUGAAAUUAAGGAAGCCUUCUUAGCGGUGUCCUUGGCUCUUGCUUUGAAUGGAGUCUGCACAAACACUAUUAAGUUAAUAGUGGGAAGACCUCGCCCCGAUUUCUUUUACCGCUGCUUUCCAGAUGGAGUGAUGAACUCAGAAAUGCACUGUACAGGUGACCCAGAUCUGGUGUCCGAGGGCCGCAAAAGCUUUCCCAGCAUCCACUCCUCCUUUGCCUUUUCGGGCCUCGGCUUCACAACGUUCUACUUGGCUGGCAAGCUGCACUGCUUCACUGAGAGUGGGCGGGGGAAGAGCUGGCGGCUCUGUGCUGCCAUUUUGCCCUUGUACUGCGCCAUGAUGAUCGCCUUGUCCCGCAUGUGCGACUACAAGCAUCACUGGCAAGAUUCUUUUGUUGGAGGAGUGAUUGGCCUCAUUUUUGCUUACAUUUGCUACAGACAGCACUACCCUCCUCUGGCCAACACAGCUUGUCACAAACCGUACGUCAGUCUCCGAGUCCCAACCUCACUGAAGAAAGAGGAGAGGCCCACAGCCGACAGCGCACCCACCUUGCCUCUGGAGGGGAUCACCGAAGGCCCUGUAUGACUAGUACCUGGGAGGAUGGACGCUAUGCUUGGACCUACCUUCCACCUUGACAUCAUAAAAAAUAGAAAGGGUUUUCUGUAGUGUGUUUCUCAUCAGUUGUUUCUCAAAGUUAUCCUUCUGCCUCCAUUUCACGGUGGUGGUCCUGCUACUUUCAAUGUUUCCUUUCAUCAUUCUUGAAUUUUCAAGGAAAGGACACCAGGAACAAUUUCUGAUAGACCUGUGGAACCAGGCUACAAAGAUGGGGUGGGGGUAGCUUAGCUGAUGCCUCUGUCUGAAAUGUUUGCCAUAAUAGCCACCUUCCUACGUUUUCAUGGUUGUAAAAUGUAAUAAAACCUCCUACCUGGAAGUCUUGGUAUUGGCCAUCCAGUGCAGAAAAGGUCAUUCAGAAAUGCAGUGGGUUUCACAGCUGGUCCACUGCCAGCUCUAUCUAUAGAUCAUUCCAGGUGCUGAUCUUGGGAGCAAAGGCUCAGAAGCAUUCUGAACUGUCAUUAUUCAUAGCAUAUGUCUCUGAAAUGGAGUUAAA